AGAUGAGAUGGAAAGUUUAAAAUGUAUAAAGAAAUCCCUUUACUCUGAGUGCGUAACUAAUCUAUGGGACAAGCUGCUGUAGGAUGUCGAUGUCAAGCCAAUAGCCGAGCAAGAUUUAGAACUAAGCUUAGAUGCUGGUAUGAAUGAGAACAACAAGUUCAGUGACACCGGUGGGAUGAUGCUUACAUGGGCUCUUGAUUCUCACGUUCCGGGGCACAAGCGCCUCUCCAGCUGGGGUGGAGACAGGAAGAUGUUCUCCUCCCCAUCUCCAAGGCACACAGUGGGACAGGAGUACACAGCUGAGUUCAGUAAAGGGAUUUUACUCCUUCCUCUGUAGCAUCUACCACUGGCUGCUAUCCAAGGCAGGUGCCUGGCCAUGUCGAGCAGCUCCUGUCUGAGUGUUGCUAAUUCUGUCAAGGGGUCUCUUCUCCUACUGUCCUCUUCCGGGGAAGACUCUGGCCUAGUUCAGCUUGCUCUGGCCUGACCUAGUACCUGCUGCCUUGAGCCUGGCUUCUCUUGAUUUACAAUGGCAGCCACUAAGUCAGGUGGCAGGGGCUGGUUUUCGGGCAGCCCUGGUAUCCUAGAGUUCAGUGCGGCUUGAGCAUACUGUCUAUGCUGGGGCGGGAGGGCGUGUGCUUAUACGCUUGGGGUUCCCCAGACCUGUGCAAACGAGGGGCUCUGAGUCGGUCCAUUUGAGCCCUGGGGCAGCCUCUCCUCAAGGGUGCUUUCUGUCUGGCCAGGCACUCAUUGUGUACCCUGGGCUCCGUGGGUUGCUAAUGUAAAACAUCUGUUAUGUCACAGUCACUGCCGCUCUAGUGGCUGACACCAUACUGAAUGUAGGCUCAUGGACCGCUCAGAGGGGCUUUGGGGUAGGUAUUGAGCUUCCCAAAUAUAGGAUCAGAUCAACAGUCUCUGAUUCUGCUCAGGUUCUUAUGUGAGCUGUGCUCAGAGCUCCCUAAAUGACCGAGGUGCAUUCUUGCUCAUUUCUUUAGAGACUUUCACUCUUCUGAAUCCCUGACUGCUGCUGAAGUAAUUUGGGUGGCCCCUUGGCUGUGGGGGUUCUGUCGUCACUCUCUUUGUGGUGCAGGCUCCUCUCAGGUCUGUCUGAGUUUGGAGCUGCAGAUGUCUCUACAAACCUGUACUGAGCUCGCCCUCAAUUGAAUGUGAAGCUUGAGAGUGCUUGGAAUCUGUGUCUCUGCUUGCUGAGGGAAUUUCCAGAGCAGCCAGUCAUGUGAUUUGGUGAUGACAUGAUCAGCUGAUGGCAGGGCCCUCUUGGAAGCUGGUUCAGACUGAAACAGGCUGUGCGGAGCUGCUUGCAGCUUCCGGAGCUGCUCAAGCCCUCCUGCCUGUUGAAGGUCAGGAAUUCCUCCUGUUGCCUGGGAGACAAGUGGAAGUGAACGUUCGCAAUAAGAUCUUGUACCUGAUCCAGGCCUGGGCUCACGCCUUCCGCAACGAGCCCAAGUACAAGGUGGUGCAGGACACCUACCAGAUCAUGAAGGUGGAAGGUCAUGUGUUCCCAGAAUUCAAGGAGAGCGAUGCCAUGUUUGCUGCAGAAAGGGCUCCUGACUGGGUGGAUGCUGAAGAGUGUCACCGAUGUCGAGUGCAGUUUGGGGUCGUGACCCGCAAGCAUCACUGCCGGGCCUGUGGGCAGAUCUUCUGUGGAAAGUGCUCCUCCAAGUACUCCACCAUCCCCAAGUUUGGCAUUGAGAAGGAGGUGCGGGUGUGUGAGCCCUGCUAUGAGCACCUCAACAAGAAAGCUGAGGGCAAAACUGCUGCCACCACUGAGCUGCCACCCGAGUACCUGACCAGCCCCCUUUCUCAGCAGUCCCAGCUGCCCCCGAAGCGUGAUGAGACGGCCCUCCAGGAGGAGGAGGAGCUCCAGCUGGCCAUCGCCCUCUCGCAGUCGGAGGCCGAGGAGAAGGAGAGGAUGAGACAGAAAACGACCUACUCCGUGUACCCGAAGGCUGAGCCCACGCCUGUCACCUCGUCCGCACCUCCAGUCAGCACCCUCUACUCCUCCCCUGUGAACUCCUCUGCUCCGCUGGCUGAGGACAUCGACCCCGAGCUGGCUCGGUACCUGAACCGUAACUACUGGGAGAAGAAGCAGGAGGAGGUUCGCAAGAGCCCCACUCCGUCUGCUCCACUGUCGCUCUCCGAGCCAGCUGCCCAGCCUGGGGAAGCUCAUCCCAUCCCUCUCGGUGUCGUGGAGCAGCAGUACCAGAAUGGGGAGUCCGAGGAGAACCACGAGCAGUUCCUGAAGGCUCUGCAGAAUGCCGUCACCACCUUCGUCAACCGUAUGAAGAGCAACCACAUGCGGGGCCGCAGCAUCACCAACGACUCAGCCGUGCUCUCCCUCUUCCAGUCCAUCAACAACAUGCAUCCCCAGCUGCUGGAGUUGCUCAACCAGCUGGAUGAGCGCAGGCUGUACUAUGAGGGCCUGCAGGACAAGCUGGCGCAGAUCCGGGAUGCUCGCGGGGCCCUGAAUGCUCUGCGGGACGAGCACCGCGAGAAGCUGCGCCGGGCGGCCGAGGAGGCAGAGCGCCAGCGCCAAAUCCAGUUGGCACAGAAGUUGGAGAUCAUGAGACAGAAGAAGCAGGAGUACCUGGAGAUGCAGCGGCAGUUGGCCAUCCAGCGGCUGCAGGAGCAGGAAAAGGAGAGGCAGAUGCGCCUGGAGCAGCAAAAGCAGACCAUCCAGAUGAGAGCCCAGAUGCCAGCUUUCUCUCUGCCCUAUGCCCAGCUCCAGGCCAUGCCAGCAGCAGGAGGGGUGAUCUACCAGCCAUCCGGUCCCACCAGCUUCCCAGGCACCUUCAGCCCCGCAGGCUCGGUGGAGGGCUCUCCCAUGCACAGUGUGUACAUGAACCAGCCAGCUCCCGGCAGCACUGGCCCCUACGCACCGAUGCCUGUUGCAGGGGCAGAUCCCAACAUGGUGAAUGCCUACGUGUACCAGGCAGGAGCAGGAGGCGGGCAGGCAGCGCCGCAAGGGCAGGUGGUUCCCACCACCAACCCAGCCUACUCCUCGUAUCAGCCGACUCCGACGCAGGGCUACCAGAACGCCGGCUCCCAGUCACAGAGCAUCCCUGCCAUCUCGCAGGCCCCCCAGUCUGGCACCAUGGGCUACAUGGGGAGCCAGUCUGUCUCCAUGGGGUACCAGCCCUACAACAUGCAGGGCCUCAUGUCGACCCUUCCUGGGCAGGAGCCGGCUCUGAGCAGCCUGCCACCCCAGCAGACUUACCUCUCGGGACAGCAGCCCAUGUAUCAGCAGAUGCCCCCCCCUGCAGGGCCCCCCCAGCAGCAGCAGCCUCAGCAGGCCCCGUCGCAGGUACAGCAGGCCCAGGGCAGUGGCGAGGCCCAGCUCAUCUCAUUCGACUGAUCUCGGCGAGGGGGGCUGCCCAGUGUAACACUAUUGUCUGCAGGAGUCACUUAUGUACUUAACUAGCCAUUUCUGUCUCUUCCCCACCCCCUUCCCUGUGGAACGGCCCUGCUCAAGGUGGGGUGGGACCCUGGGGCCCCACCAGCUGGCAUGCACCCUCCUGGCCUGGCAGGGACCUCCCUGCUGCUCUGGCUCCCUGAGGCUUUUUCCCUGCCCUGUCCUCACCUGGCUGAAAUGUGUCAUGGUUGCUGGAAGUUGUGAACCUCCCCACCCCCACCAACAGGUGAAGAACGAGUGGGCGCUUGGCCCUUCAGGAAGAGACUUCCGCAAGGCAGAGGCUGCAGCCUGGCUGCUGGGCUUCCCCCCAGGGCUGUGUGGGCAGGAUGGUGACUGAGAGUCAGCCCUGAGAAGAGCUCCAGGAACGUGAGCACUAAUGGCACAGGCCAGGGACUCCCUUCCCUGCUCUGCAGCAGGCGAGAGACUUAAACAUGCCCUAAGCUUGCUGCUGUCCUGACCCUAGAACAAAUGGGGCAAGGAGCUCUGAGCAGAGCUGCCCCUGUGCACAGAGCACAGCCUCUGUCACUAUCCCUCUCUGCAGCGUGCACCAUGGCUGGCUCUUCUGCCCCAGGAGGAGCUGAGCCCCUCACCACAACCCUGAUCCCGUGUCCCUCCAUGGGAGCCUGGCCCUGCCGCAUGCCCUAUGCCCAUAUCCUCCACCCCUCCUUGGGAGCCUGGGCCCUCCCUGCUUUCUGAACACUCAUCUCUCAUACGUAGUGGUGGAGUAGCCGGAAUGGAAACAGUGACAAUAAAAUGUAUUUAAAGA